ACCCGGGAUCAAAUUCCAUUUCCCUCCCCUUUCGCUCCAUCCCCUUUGUUGUUCUACUAGUUCCUAUCUAGCUAUACGGAGGAUUCGGAGUGUCUGAGAUGCCGGCGGGCUACGAUUCCUUGCCCUCGACGUCCUCCGGCGCCGGCAUGUUCACUCGCGCAAAAUCCGGCAGCCUAUCAUUCUUCGCCACUCGACGGCCAUGGCGAGAGCUGCUAUCCCAUCCAUCCUCCUACUCUCGCCCGUAUCCACUCAGCGUGCUCACAUCUGGGCUGAGACGCAACCUCAACUACUUCCGCGUGAAUUAUUCCAUGAUAAUCUUAUUCAUACUGUUUGUGAGCCUGCUGUGGCACCCGAUUUCGCUCAUAGUGUAUGUGAUCCUGUUCGUAGCGUGGUGGUUUCUCUACUUUAGCCGGGACGAGCCGAUUCUGGUACUGAAUCGUAUGGUCGACGAUAGGUUCGUCUUGGCGGCGCUUGGAAUAGUUACGGUGGUGUGCUUGGUGUUGACUCGGGUUUGGUUGAACGUGUUGGUGUCUAUCUUGAUUGGGGUAGCUGUUGUGCUAUUGCAUGCGGCAUUUAGGGCUACGGAAGAUCUGUUUCUGGAUGAAGAUGAAGCUGCGGAGGGGGGUUUGAUAUCUGUGGUUCGCAGUACUGCUCCACCUUCCAGGGAUGCCGGUGGGUAUACUAAUCCAUUUUGAUUAGGGGUCUCUAAUAGUAUUAGAUCCUCCUAUUAUGUUCUGCUGGGGAAAUUGAUCUUUCGUCCCCAGCAGUACGUAUUGAUAUCCAUCUCGUCUGUUAGAUGUUGUCAGCUAAGAAUUUUUACAUAGGGUUGAUAGACUGGUUAAUUUUUCUACUAUCUAUAUAUAUAUAUUUUGGAGGUUUUUAUCUGCGUUUUAGUCGUGUAGUUGUGAUUCUGAUUUCUUGUGUUCCCAGAAUUAUUAGGAAGCUACGAGGCUAUCAAUUUUGAGAAGCUAUAUUAUUUCUUCCAUUAAUAGGGUCUUCAAAGUAUAAAAUGGCACACAGGUAUAUUGUGUAAUCGUGUUUUAGUUGCUGGUUUUCUUCUUCGGGAAAUCUACAGAAGCAAAGGAAAUGGCUCAUUUUAGUUC